UUCUAAGACCAUCGAUAUUUUCGAUAAUGCCAUCGAUGGCUUCGCAGCCCAAAUUUGAACAGCUCUUGUCCGUUUAUAGUUAAUCCGUUAAAUUGUGAAUGGGCCCACCAGGCUGCGAGCUAAUAGAGACCACACUGGAGAAGCUGGGGCAGAAAAUGCGAGAGUCCGAAACGGAACCGCAUGGCCCCGUGUUCAAGAUCCACAACCAGAAGACGCGCUACAUCUACGACCUGUUCUAUCGCCGUAAGGCCAUUAAUUGGGAGCUUAACGAGUACUGCCUGCGGGAGAAGAUCGCCGACAGCAAUCUGAUUGCCAUGAAGAAGUGCUGCCUGCGAUGCAUACAGAGGCGCGUCACCAACUUUGCCACCAACAGUAUAUGUCGGGUGCACAAAUCCCUCCUCGAGGAGGGCCCGCGGCUGCUUGGCAAAUGCCAUCAGCCCUACCACCUGUAGAGUUUAGUGUAAAAUUGUAUUUUAAACGAAUGUUGUGGCAGGAUUUGCGUAGGCUGUACAAAAAAAAGGUGUUUUAGACAUGAGGGCUGAUCCGAUGGCCAAUAUACCCACAGAUGGACAGGGACACCACCCACUCAAAGAGAGAGAGAGAGAGAGAGAGAGAGAGCGAAACGUAAAUUUUGACGAUUUUGUAAAGGAUGAGCAUCUAAAACUAAACCGAGAUUUGCCUGCCUCCUUCGCUGCUGUAAAUUAUCCAACGCAAAUCCCAAAUUGGGGUCACCUAUCUGCUGGCCACACUCCCCCAGCCUCGCCCACAGAAAUUGCAUGUACAUAGAUUUUAAUUUAAUGCCUUGAACAAUUUAUUACUGCGUUGACAUAAUUCAAACUCAAUGUCGUUGGGGAUGUCCCCGGUGGAAGUGGCAGUGGCGGUGACGGUGGCAGUGCCGUCUCCACGAUGAGCACGUUGCUUUUAUGGCCGUAUUUAUGGCUCUGGCUCUGGCUCUGGCUCUCAUUCCCUCAUUCCAUUUUAUUUCAUUCUUUUCGAGUUUGGAAAUUCUCAGGCUUCAAGUGCUCGUUGGUGUUGGACAUAGACAUGGACAUGGGACGUCGCAUGGGUCGAUGGGUGCUCGGCCUGUUGGGUUGGGAUGGUGUUAGGCGUUUGGGGGUCCACUGGGAUUUGUGCGAAAAUGAUUAUAAAUCGUUUUUUAAUUAUACUUGUCUGCAUAUUUUCUCAUUUUCGCUUUCCGAAAUAGAAUCGUAUCUCUCGAAAAACACAUAUUGGGCGACAGUUUUAUUAUUCAAAUGGAAUAUUAUUUUCCAGCACGGGGUGUGGGUCUGGGUAUGGGUCCAUCUGUCGCUGACAGCCCGCCCCAGCCCCGAUUAAAGUAGAGAUUUAAAACAAGAGAGAUGGCUACAAUAUUUCGACGUGUCUCGACCAAGAGAUACCCUCUAAUCAGUUUCUUGAUAUAGUGAUAGAGAUAGAGAAUCUUUUACUGGUCCUACUAGGUGUAAAAAUUCUCCCUUAUCCAACAAGAACUUGGACCUUAGAUCCUUACAUCUCCUAAGUUUAGAAGAGGACAUAGUUUUUACCAUUCUUUGUGGUUUCAAAAGAUGUGGAAUAACAUUUAUAAUUACCUGGUUGCUGUAUCACAAAAUUAUAUAUGUAAUAUAUGGGUUAAAGCAGACAGCUGAUCGAGAAUAGAGAAUGCUUGAACGAGUAUGUCUA